AUGGACGUGUGGGGCCCAGCCCGCGUCCGUGGACAGGGUCACGAGCGCUACUUCCUGCUGGUGGUUGACGACUACUCUCGUUACACCACAGUCUUCCCCUUGCGCAGCAAGGGUGAUGUCACUGAGGUGCUGGUCGACUGGAUCCGCGCAGCUCGUCUCCAGCUCAGGCAGAGCUUCGGCUCGGAAUUUCCUGUUCUGCGUCUGCACUCUGACAGAGGCAGAGAGUUCUCCUCUGGCCUCCUGCGAGCCUACUGUCGAGCACGAGGCAUCCGCCAGACCUUCACGCUUCCGGACUGUCCGCAGCAAAAUGGGAUUGCUGAGCGCCGCAUUGGCAUGGUCAUGGACGUCGCUCGUACGUCCAUGAUGCAUGCGGCUGCCCCCCAUUUUCUGUGGCCGUUUGUGGUUCGGUACGCGGCGCAUCAGAUCAACCUUGAGCCCAGGGUCUCCAUGCCGGAGACCUCCCCAGCCUUGCUGUGGACGGGGAAGGUUGGCGAUGCGUCUGCGUUCCGUGUCUGGGGAUCUCGGGCGUUUGUCCGCGACUUGUCUUCGGACAAGCUGUCCCCUCGUGCUGCUCCGUGCGUCUUCCUGGGUUUCCCCCCUGAUGCGCCAGGGUGGCAGUUCUACCACCCCACCUCUGGCCGUGUUGUGUCCUCCCAGGACGUCACAUCCCCCCCGGUAGACUCCCUUCCCCCUCAGGGUCCUGCCUCUUCAGGUGUGUCCCAGGUAGACGCAGUCGAGCCUGCUGGUGACUCUGGUGCUGCUGAGGGUGCUGGGCCUGGGGGUGCUGACUCUGGGGGUGCUGAGCCUGAGGGUACAGCUCCUGGGCGUGUUGAGCCUGGGGGUGCUGAGCCUGGGGGUGCUACGCCUGGGGGUGCUGAGCCUUGGGGUGCUACGCCUGGGGGUGCUGAGCCUGAGGGUGCGGAGCCUGGGGGUGCGGAGCCUGCGGGAGCUAGGCCUGCUCGUGUCGCGUCUGGCGGUACUGUGCCUGGAGAUUCUCCGGGUGCUUCGUCUCGGCGGGAGCCACUCUCUCCACAGGAGCUGCGCGAGUGGUUUAUCCGGCGCUGGAGGCGUGCUGCUGGAGCUGGAGGUUCUUCCGCUACUGAGGGUGCUGCUGUCGCGGGUCCCGGAGGUGCUCGUACUUGGAGUACUGGAGCUGCUGGGCCUGCGGCUACUGGAGAUGCUGGGGGUGCUGGAGCUGGAGGUGCUGCUGGCACUGGUGCUCCUGCUGGGGGUACUGGUGCUGUCCCUGCUGUGUCUGGAGUCGCCACACGGCCGCGACCGUACUUCGUUCCGCUCCUUCAACAGGUUCUUGGUCUUCCGCCUUCUACUGGUCCUCCUCCUCCCGUAGAGGGUCCACAGCCUGUCACGUCACAGUUACAGUUACAGCCGGCCUCCCCCUUGCCUGCUCUUUCUCCCUACACUGGUCCUACUGGAGGUCUUGCUGAGCGUCGUGAGCUUGCGUCUCGCCUUGCGUUGCCUGUCCGUCCUGCUCGCACUAGUGGUCGUGGUUCGCGUCCGCGUCCUCCUCCUGUCCCUGGCACGCACCGGAUGUCUCUGCGUCCGUCCACUGCUCCUCUGCGUGCCCCUUUGCCUUCUCCUCUUGAGUCCUCUCUUCCUGCUCUUCCCGACCCGGAGUCGGACUCUCUUCGUGCUGCCAGUCCUACUGUCACGCGUCUCCUUGCUACAGUCGUCACUUACCCUUCCUUUGAGUCCAAAGCUGCAUCUGCCCUAGUUGCUGAGCUCGUCGACUUUGCUGCUCGCUGUCGCCUAGACUACGCUGCUAGUCUUGUCGCUGAGUCUGAGUCUGUUUGUCCUCCGUCCGUCGGGGGUGAGUGUGCCCUUGGCACGGACGUCCUUGAGGACAGGCAGGAGGAGUUCCAGUGUCUGGCUGCUGCUUCACCUCAUCUCGUGUCCGUACUGCUUACCCCUGAGGGAGACCCGGAUGCACUUGACAUCCCGACUCCGCGCUCUUACGCGGAGGCGAUAGAGGGUCCCUACUCCUCUCAGUGGCAGGCAGCUAUGGACACAGAGAUGGCUUCUUGGAAGUCCACAGGCACCUACGUUGACGAGGUUCCCCCGCCUGGGGCGAACAUCGUCAGUGGCAUGUGGAUUUUCAGGGUGAAGCGGCCUCCGGGUUCUCCGCCUGUCUUCAAGGCGCGUUACGUGGCUCGUGGCUUCAGUCAGCGGUAG